AGAUAGCAAAUAGGCCAUUUGUGAAUUUGAAACCGGUCGUAAGAUUGUAGACGUCUGCAAUAAAAAGUUGGAAGACAUUGUUAGGUUUCUAAGAUAUCGUUUGUCUUGUGUAUAAGUCAAACAGAUUUAAGGCUGGUCUAGACCGACAACAUGGCUGAGAUAUCUACGGUCUCAUUUUCUAACGAAAAAAGCUCCUCCCCAGAAAGCAUCGAUGUCAAACUCUCGGACAAUAACACCACUAGUGGCACCCCGUUUAGGGGAAUGGGAAAAGAAGAGCUAUUGCAGUACUCGUCAAAACCAUUUUGGAGACGACUGCGCAUGAUCUGUAUCUCUAUCAUACUUUUGGGAUGGUUGGCGCUGAUUAUUACGGUGGUGGCGCUCGUGUUGAUUUACCCGAAAUGCAAGUCUCCAGAUUCCAGGACCUGGUGGCAAAACGAGGUCGUCUAUCGGAUAUACGUCCGGAGCUUCAAAGACAGCAAUGGUGACGGGGUUGGUGAUCUUGAUGGUGUGACGUCCAAGUUGGACUACAUAAAAGAUCUGGGUGCUGGCGUCAUUUCUUUAAGUCCGACUUACGAAGACGACGGAAGUGAUGGAGAUUUUCAUCUGACCAAUCACAUGAAGAUUGAUAGUGCCAUUGGUGGAGAUCAAGGUCUACAAACACUGAUCACUAAAGCUCACGAAAAAGGAUUGAAAGUCUUAUUGGACUUUAUCCCAACGCACACCAGCGAUCAGAGUGUUUGGUUCAAAGAGAGUGAAGCAGCCAAGCUAAGAAAUAAUUCGUACCGUAACUUCUAUGUAUGGACAAACACACCAACAAACUGGAAAUCUGUGUAUGGUGGCGAUGCCUGGAACGAAUCCUCUGUUAGAACAGGAGAAUAUUAUCUCCAUCACUUUCUCCAUAAUCAACCUGACCUUAACCUGCGUAGUCCACAGGUCAAGGCCAAGCUCAAUGAAAUCCUAGUGCAUUGGUUGAACCAGUCUGUGGACGGGUUUUACAUUAGGAACAGUGCCUAUAUGUUUGAGGACUAUGAUCUUCGUGAUGAACCCAAACGGUCGUCUGGUGACGGAUACAACGACUAUAAUCACAUAUACACGAAGAACCUUCCGGAAAUUUACGAUAUGUUUGCAAGAUGGCGCACAACAGUUGACACACAAAUGAAUAGGGUUUUAAUGGCGGACCCAGAUCCUAAAUCUGCUGUUACGGAAAUGAUGAAAUAUUACGGACAUUUCCAGAGAGAUGGUGUUCAUCUCCCCAUCAGAAGAAGACCGUUCCCCUCUAAUUGUAAUGGUCAGUGCGUCGGCAACUACGUCAAUGAAUGGAUGAACAAUCUGCCCUCGGGUCGUUGGCCCACCUGGUCGUUUGGUGAUGAAAGUGUAAAACGGCUGGCAUCCAAUCACAAUGAAAGUUUUAUUCGCGCCUUUGCCAUGUUGACGAUGCUUUUGCCCGGUACUCCUGUCUUGUACUAUGGUGAUGAAAUCAACAUGAUGGACGUGACUGCAAAUGCUUCACUAACUUCGCGGAAACAUCCAUCCAGGGGACUUAUGCAAUGGGAUAACACAGAUAAUGGAGGAUUCAGUAAUUCAUCAUCCCCUUGGAUAGCACCGAGUUCCGACUUCCGAAUGAACAAUGUCAAGAAUCAAAGUUCAAAGGGUGACUCCCUUCUGUCAUUUUUCAAAAACCUUACCACUCUUAGAAGAGAAGAUAGUUUCCGUAUAGGAGAGUACCACUCAGCACUUGUAGAUAAUAGUAUCUUCUCGUUUGUCCGAGAAUUCGAUGGAAAGAAAGGGUACUUGGUUGCAAUUAAUUUUGCGGAAACUGCACAAAAACGUGACUACACUUCAUCUCACAGCACUAUACAAACUAAGGCAUCUUUUGAUUUGACGACGGGCGGAUCAGAAAGUUUUGAUGCCGACACCGACGUAGACCCGAGCAGUCUCACCCUUGGACCAAUGCAAGGAGUAGUAGUCUCAUGGGAUUAUGUUGCAAAAGAACUUUGAAAUCAUUAAUCAUUUACUUCUUUUAUGUUUUCAAUCGUAUACAAGAAAAAAUAUAUAUAUAUAUUAACCAAGAAUACCAAAUGUCAGAUCAAUAAAUGAUUCUUUUCUUCCCUCAAACUGAAAAUAAAUAAACAUUUUUUUUUCAUACACGCAGACUUUUUAUUCUCGCUACUGUAGAUUCGGUCAAUAAAUUUCAGUACAAUUUCUCAA